CAUACAAAGUCGUUACAAACACAAGUUGCUGAUGCUGAAUGGUUACACAUUUGCAUCAUCAGCGAGUAAACGCAAUUGGUACUGUUCCAAGAAGAAUACUGGAUGUAAAGCCAAGAUUCAUAUGGCUGAUGAUGGAGUAACCAUACGGGAAGCUGUGAAUGAACAUCAUCACAAGCCUCCUUCAUAUUAUAUCACAAAAUCUGGCUACAUGCUAAUACCAGGCCCUUACAAACACAAAUUGCUGAUGAUAAACGGCUUCACAUUUGCGCAAAUGGGUAAACGGCACUGGUAUUGUUCCAAGAGGAAAGUUGGGUGCAAAGCACGCGUCAAAAUGGCUGAAGAUGGACAGACGAUAUCCGAAGUGAUAAAUGAACAUGAUCACGAGCGUCCUACGUAUCAUGUCACGACAUCGGGUGAAUACAUCUUUUUCAGAAGUUAAACAUGUUGGAACAUGGAGCCAGUACACUUGGGAUUUUUGCCUCACUGGAGCUACUCUCGCAGCGACGAUGAGGUCCUCUAAAUGCAUAAGUUUUGUAGCGAAUUUCCAAUAAUUGUUUUCCAAGGUUUAAGUCUGUCGUGAAUAUUAAAUAGUUUUGUG